AUGAAUGUUGGUGAGCUGGUACGCCAGACGUCUGCGAUGAACAUUACAGAACACCCAUGGCUGGAGAGCACCGAGAAGCUCGACAAGGUCCUAACUCUCAAAGAGGUUUGCCUCGGCAACUGUCGUCUUCUUUACGGCAGCGAGAGGUUUAAAUUCUAUGACGUCGUUAUAUGCGAGGAUGAAGACACAAAAAGCUUCGCUGCUAUCUUGACAUGCAACCAAGAUGGCCAGACGAAGCUGCUGCGCACCGAAUUGAGUGUAUGUCCUGUCGUGGCUGUUCGUACCCUGGUAGAUGGUCUUCAAAAGGAUACAGCCAAACUGUUUCUCAAGUACGCCGUGGGUUCUCAGAUUCGAGGCCAGCAAGGAUUUACCAAUAUAGAAACUGGCAAGUUCGAGUUGUGGGAUGCUGCACAAGAGAAGCGUAUUCGUGGUCCCAACGAUGAUACGCAGGGCCUUAUUCGUAGCUGGAGCGAUGGACCGGGUGCUGAUGGUCGGCCUCUGCCGGGUCCCCGCGGUGAUGGUUAUCAUGGUCGGAACAACAAGCACAUGAGGCCAGUCGAACGUCCGGAGAAGCCCAUGAUUGAGACGGACAUCAUUGAUCUCGACUACUACGACUAG